AGCAGCGGCUAUGGGCACAGAUUCGGGUUACAAUAUUGCUGUGUGUGUGUGUGUGUGUGUUGGCCCUCAGUGGGCCGGGCGCGAGGAGAGAGGAGGAAAAGCGUGUUUACACAGACGGCCGAGCGCCUGGGGAACAGAACGGGAGAGGAAGUGAGCCGGCUCUCUGUCUGCCUGCCCCAACUUCCUGCUCAGAGAGAGAGAGAGAGAGGAGAGAGAGAGAGAGACUAAGGAUCCCAUUACAGUCGGACUGUGCUGCCGAGACGCCGACAGCAUGGAAAAACAGGGCAUUUUACGGAAUUCUUUUUAACACAUUAAAAGGACGGGGGAAAAAUAACCAGCGGCAGACAUGGAGAGUGCCAUCACCUUGUGGCAGUUCCUGUUGCAGUUGCUGCUGGACCAGAGCCAUAAGCACCUGAUCUGCUGGACGUCUAAUGAUGGCGAGUUCAAGCUGCUCAAGUCGGAGGAGGUGGCCAAACUUUGGGGUCUGCGGAAGAACAAAACAAAUAUGAAUUAUGAUAAACUGAGCCGAGCUCUGCGCUACUACUACGACAAGAAUAUUAUAAAGAAGGUGAUUGGUCAGAAGUUUGUGUAUAAGUUUGUCUCAUUUCCUGACAUCCUGAAAAUGGAUCCCCAGGCGGUGGAGCUUGGCCGAGAAGGGGGCAGCAUUAUGUUACAAGAGGCCGAGUCUGAUGGAGGGGAGGGGGAAGAAUCUCCAAAACACUCCCUGUCAUCGCUGAGAAGCCCCGCUGGCAGGAACGAAUAUCUUAACUCUGGCCUGUACUCAUCUUUUACUGUUAGCUCCCUCCAAGGCCCGCCUCCACUGCUGCAUCCAGUCAAAGUGGAGAAACGGAGAGGGGUGGAACGAGGGGAAGAAGGACCAACUGUGAUUAGGUUUGUCACCAAUCGGUCAGAGAAAUCAAUGCCCCUCCCUUCCUCUCCUGCCCCUACCUCAUCAGAGGUUUUCUUUAGCUCAAAAGCCUCCCCUAAUUCCUCUCAUUCAUCGUCCCCAUCUCAUAGCCCGUCCUACUUACGGAGGCUGAGCCCAGAGGCUCAGAUGGACGAAUCGGAGCAGAACGCUCAGCCUCUCAAUUUAUCAUCCGGCCACAGGGAGCGAGCCCAGGUGCAAGCCUCGCCCCAUGAGAGGAGGAGUAGCACCAAUGGACUUCCUCCCAAAGCUCGGAAACCCAAAGGUCUGGAAAUCUCAGCUCCUUCUAUACUGCUUUCAGGAAGUGACCUGGGUUCCAUUGCCCUUAACAGCCCUGCAUUGCCCUCAGGGUCCCUCACACCAGCCUUCUUUACUGCACAGACUCCCUCGGGUUUGCUGCUGGCUCCAAGCCCUCUCCUCUCCUCCAUUCAUUUCUGGAGCAGUCUGAGUCCUGUCGCUCCUCUUAGCCCAGCACGACUACAGGGACAUGGCUCUCUCUUCCAGUUCCCUACUCUGCUGAACGGACCUCUCCCUGUGCCUCUCCCCAACCUGGACUCUUCAUCCUCUUCUUCCUCGCUUCUCCUUUCAUCUAGUACUCCAAAAUCCUGAUUCCAAACCCUGGUCAAAAAAACACACAUUAAUACUUGCUAAAAAGUCAAGGUUGCACUACACCUCCUUGUGGUUACAGUUACCACAAAAAUAACCACAUCCAACAUUUUAAAGAAAGCAGAUUUCAUUUUUUCUAGCCCAAAACUCAUGAUUGUGCCAAAGACAGCAAAGUGGCACCAGUGAGCUGUUGGAAAAACUCAGCCUGGGAAUGUAUCGUCCAAAUCAGUGUCUCAGCAUUUUUUUAAAGUCAUAUUUUGACAUGCAGGACCACAAUAAUCUACAUAGAGUCCUCCAUGUAUUACAACCCACAUUUGGCAAACACCAAAGAUACCAUUGAAUUCCAGACAACACACUCCUCCCACAGUCCUACUUUCCCCCCCUCCCCUCAAUUGCAGUCAUUGCAGAUUCCCACCCACAAGCUAGUUCUGUUGGGUGAUGUGGUGAAGGUUGACACAUGCCUCCUGCAUCAUAUUAGUCUGCUGCUAAAAUACAGGCAGCUGAAAGCACUAUCUAACCAAUCCCUUAUACACACAUGAGCACAGAGGUGUCGGUGUCUUUUUGAAUGAUGCAGAAAGACACCUGCGCCAUCCUGCUCACCCACAGAGCAAAGCCAAUCACACUCCCAGUCAUGGAUGGCUGCAGAAUCAUUGGGUUUCUAAUUCACAAUCAUUCGACGAUAACAUUUAGUGCCUCUGGCAUUGGUGCUUUUAUCAGAAUGUUCAUCACUCAGUUCAGUGACGCUCCUACUGCAGAGCUAUGAGAGCAUACCUAUUACAACCCAUAUUAGAUAGUUUGUUCCUCCCCGUUGUUUUUGGUUUUGUAAUCACCUUCUGAGGCUGUGAAUCAGGUUUUCUGUUUAAUUUGUCUGACAUCGUAUAUUAUAUUGUAUGCACUGUGCUUUAAACUACCGGCUGUGCCUUUUGUGUAAGAAUGUGUAUAUGUAUUAUUUUCCUGCUUUUAAAAAAAUUCAAAAAAUGUUUUGUAAUGGACGAAUUCCAUCACCAUAUUGGAAAGAAAAUCAUUGUAAUAGCUUUGUUAUUUUUUCAUUACAGAAUUGAAAACAAAUGUAUUCUCAUAUUAAUUUUAUAUUUUUGCUUUCUAAGAGUCAAAGAAAUGUGCCUGUUUUCAAUAAAAGGAAAGCAUUGAAUGCUG